CAAAGAGCAGAUAAGCCCGUGCUCCUUAUCUCUUUGUUGUUCCGCCCCUGUGUUUUGCUGAUCCGAGUGUCUGCUGGAAGUCUGAUGAAGCAAAGGAGCGUGGAGGGAAUUACUCAGUGCAGCAGCAGCGCCAGGGGCAGCGAGCUCAGCUGCAGGUCACUGUGGGCUUCCAUGGAGGGAUGCACGGGAGGGGAUGGGGGCUGGAUGGUCGGAAGGGUCUCAGGGAGGGAGGGAACUCGUGCACGUGGGUGUUUCAUUGCCUUUCUGUGUCCAGAGCUCAGUUGUUGCCUGUUGAGUCACCAGAGGAAAAUGUGACUUCAUCCAGUCUCACCUCCAGCUGGCCGCCCCUGGCAGCCACAGGCAUCUUUCUUUCCUGGAUCUCACCUGGUGGGGGUCCAGGGCAGCCAGAGAUGGGGAAUGAGAGCCCCAAGGCUUUGUGUAAGACCUUCCCUUUCCCAAAAGAGUUCAAAACCCCUGCUCUGCUCUUCCAGUCAGACAGUCCUGUGGAAUGCCCUGCAGAAGGGUGACACGAGCUUCCCUUCCCUCCUUCCUCUCACAGGGCCUCUGAUCUUCUCACCCCACCUGCACCACCAGUGGGAACAUCCAUCCCACAAAGCAACUUGCUCCAGCAGACUGGAAUGAUUUGGUGUCUCCAUUACUGUCCAAGUCCUUCCUUCUUGCUGUGGCAAGGUGAUGUUAACUUGCUGGUAGUGACAGAUCCCACCUGGUCAGAUUUGCAUGGGAACAAAAUCCCCAACACCACCCAAAAAAAGUUUGUUUUCUGGCUUUAACUCAUAUGGGAAGUCCGUAAACCCUAUCAUCUCUGCAAUGGAAAUUGCAACCAUCCCUGCUGAAUUGAAAAGCACCCCCGGCCUGAGGGAUAGGAAAAGGCAGGGAGCAGCAUCUGAGCUGUGGGUGCUGCCAUCACAGCAUCUCAGUUUAGCAUUCCUGGAAACGAUUCCGCUUUGCUUUGGGAUGUGGAGAGCCAGAGGACGCUGCUGGGGUCUCCAGGGAUGAUGUCCAUCCAUCUCUCUGCUCACACAGGUGCAUUCCCCAGGAGUGGACACUGGCAGGGCAGCACCUGAUGGUUCUCCUCAUCCAUCCCAUGCCAGCAGAGCCCUGGAGGGAACGUGCAGGGCACACAGAGCCCCUCUGUUCCCCCUCACAAAGGGGCGCUUGUGGCUUGCGCAGUGCCCCAGCCGGGCUGUGCCUCGUGGGCCCCAGCAAGGAAGAGCUUUAGGAUGCCAAGCAGCCUCCCCAGGUCACCCGCGUGUCCCCAGCCCCACAGCUCGGCCCUGAGGGGGUUCCCACCCCUGUCGCUGCCUUCCCGCGGGUCCCAGGCGGGAUUUGCAGCCGGUUGUUUAUUUAAUGAAUGAUGUCUGCCCUGCGCCUGUGAAUGAGGGUUUCGCCAGCGCUACCGGACAUGGUUCUCUGUGUCACCCCUGUGAAUAAUUCCUGGUCUGUGGCUCAUUUGUGGUCAGGCAGCUGCGGGUAUUAGAGGGGAAAACCCAGGCUGGCUUUGCCCGGGGAUUUGUCUGAGGAAGCGGCUGAUGCCAUCCCCUGUGUGUGGGGACUGUCCCCGGCCCCAGGCCAGGGCAGGGAUGCAGAUCACCGCCGAGGGUUGCUCAAAUACUCCGACAAAUCCUGUCAUCGAGGGGGCACGACCGAGGAGGGGAGACAUGAGGGGUGGCUGGUGAAAGGCACCUGCCUCGGCUGCUGGCCUGUCCCCGAGGAGCAGUGUGGUGACAAAAUAAACUAACAGAGCUGUUACACAGACGUGUGCCGGGGAUCUCGGUGCUGCUUGCUGAAAGGGAGAGCUAGGGGACCACUGUGGGAGGGCUCUGGGGCUGCCAGAGCUCUCCAGAAUCCCUGCAUCCCACUAAAUCCUGAGUUUCCUGGGUGUGUGGGUGUGGAUGUCUCUUUUUAGAAGGUUUUGCUGGAAAGGAGAUGGCUGGAAGCCAAGCCUCGGGAGCUGAGUGGUUUCCUCAAGCUGAGAAAUUUCUGGUCCUCACACAGAGAGGGCUGGGAACACAGGCUGGGGUGCUGCCCUGGGCACAGGACACAUCUCACCCCUCCUGCCCAUGCUCCCUCCUCCCCAGCCGGAGGGGCAUUCAGCGAGCAGCACUAAAAAAUGCACAUUUUGGCUGAGCACGACGUGGAAGAGGUUGCGACGUGACGCAAUGCCUGGCAGGGAUUCCCCGCUCCACGCUCUGCCGGGGGCUGCAGAUGCUGAGGCUUGGCCACGGAUCUCCCCUCCAGCAAACCCCGGGGCCCCCCAAAGUCUGGGGCUCUGCCUGGCUCUCCUCCUUCACCCCUAAAGCAGGGCUGGGACGGGCUGUGGGUCGCACUGGUGGAGCCCAGCCAGGGCUAAACAGACUUGCCCUGAGUCACGGAGAGUCUGGCCAAGAGAGCAGCAGCAGCCAUGCGAGCUGGCGGGCAGGUGGCAGGUGCCAGCACAGCCUAGAGGUGUAAAUCUGCACACUGGGGACCUGCCCCAGAGCCCGAAACAGCAGCUGUGGCACCCAAAAUCUCCCGCUGGGGUGUGGGUUUGGUGCGACUCAGAGCGCUUUCCAGCGACACCCUGAUUCAGGCGCUGAAGGAGAGGGUGGGGAGUGGGUCUUUUCUGCUGGGUGGGGAUGCCAAGUCUCCUGGUUUUGCAUCCCACACCAAGCAGCUGCAUCAUCAUUUGGGUUUUGUUUUUUCUUUCUUUUUUUCUUUUUUUUUUUUGGCAAAAACCACCCCCAGAGCAUUCUACUCCCCGAGGGGGGCUGGCAGCAGCAGUGUUUUCCGGCCCGCCGUUGUUCCUGAAAACUCUCUGGGUUUCAUUUUCGAGGCUCAGCAGCUGCUGCUGCCGUGCUGGGGGAAGGCGGAAGCUGCUCAGCCCCACACUGGGGCCCUACAGUGAAGCCUCCAACUCUCCCCUUUCCAGAGGUCGGGAGGCACAACGUGCCGAAGAUCCGGAUGAUCCAGGGGCUCCCUCACUGGCAGCAGCAGGUUUUUGCCAGCGGGAAGCAGGCAGGGAUUGGGUUUCGGGGUGGGCAGGAGCGGCUGGUGGAAGCGUGGGAAGGUGUCCUGUCGGGAAGAUAUAUUUUGGGAAGGAGGAGGAGCAGCCGAUGGGGCAUUCAGGCCGCUGCUCCUCGGGGGUGGCAUGGAGCUGUAGGGAGGAGCUUCCACUUUUUUAUUGCCCUUGUCCAGCCUUUGUCAGCCUCUGACCCUACCUGCAGAGAACCAGCGCCAUGCUGAGCCUUCUUCUCCCCACAGGCAGGGCUGGCAAGGUCCUAGGCCAAGACACCUUCCCGGCGUGCAGGAGGGACCUGUGUGUGUUCCCCAUGGAGAUCCGACGUGCUUUGCCCCAGGAUAUCCGGGAGCUGCUGCACCGCUUGAAGAUGAAGAGCAAGUACGCCGUCCUGCUGGUCUUCAUCAUCAGCCUCGUCAUCAUCGAGAAGGAGAACAACUUCAUCUCCAGGGUGUCGGACAAGCUGAAGCAGUCCCCGCAGGCGCUGGCAGAGGCCAACAGCACGGAGGUCAGCCCAGCACCGGCCAAGAACGGCUCGCUGGCCUCGCUGCAGGAGCUGGACGCCGCCUUCUCCCAGCUGAGGUCCCACCUGUACAACAUCACCCUGCAGCUGGCAGGUGACGGGGACCCCGGGCCACGGCGGCACGUCCUGCUGAUGGCCACCACCCGCACUGGCUCCUCCUUCGUCGGGGAGUUCUUCAACCAGCAGGGAAGCAUCUUCUACCUCUUUGAGCCCCUCUGGCACGUCGAGAAGACGGUGACCUUCCUGCCGGGGGGAGCCAGCGCAGUGGGCUCAGCCUUGGUUUACCGAGAUGUCCUCAAGCAGCUCCUCCUCUGCGACCUCUACAUCUUGGAGAACUUCAUCUCGCCAGUUCCCGAGGGCCACCUGACGCCCUUCUUGUUUCGGCGGGGCUCCAGCCACUCGCUCUGCGAGGAGCCCGUCUGCACGCCCAGCACCAAGAAGGUCUUUGAGAAGUACUACUGCAAGAACCGCCGCUGCGGCCCCCUCAACAUCACGCUGGCGGCCGAGGCGUGCCGGCGCAAGCAGCACGUGGCCCUGAAGACGGUGCGCAUCCGGCAGCUGGAGUUCCUGCAGCCGCUGGUGGAGGACCCUCGGCUGGACCUGCGCAUCAUCCAGCUGGUGCGGGACCCCCGCGCCGUCCUGGCCUCACGCAUGGUGGCCUUCUCCGGCAAGUACGAGACCUGGAAGAAGUGGGCAUCCGAAGGGGAGGCUCCGCUGCGCGAGGAGGAGGUGCAGCGGCUGCGGGGCAACUGCGAGAGCAUCCGUGUGUCGGCGGAGCUGGGGCUGCGGCGGCCGGGCUGGCUGCGGGGCCGCUACAUGCUGGUGCGCUACGAGGACGUGGCGCGGGCGCCGCUGCAGAAGGCGCGGGAGAUGUUCCGCUUCGCCGGGCUGCCCCUCACCCAGCAGGUGGAGGAGUGGAUCGGCAAAAACACACAGGCUCCCCACGAUGGCAACGGCGUCUACUCCACGUGCAAGAACUCCUCGGAGCAGUUCGACAAGUGGAGGUUCAGCAUGCCCUUCAAGCUGGCGCAGGUGGUGCAGGACGCCUGUGCCCCGGCCAUGCAGCUCUUUGGCUACAAGCUGGCCAGCAGCCCCGCAGCGCUGGCCAACCGCUCCUUCAGCCUGCUGGAGGAGGCACAGCCCGCCUGGGUCACGUAAAGGCGCGGGGCGACGGCGGCGGCGCGGAACGAGGGGCUGCGGCCGUGCUCCCGGCCGGUCCGGAGGCGACCUGGGGGACCCUGCUCCCAAAAAUGCUCCUCGCUGCUGCCAGAUGGCAGCCCCAGGAGCCGGAGCAUCCUGGCAGAGCUGGCCCCAGAGUCCUGCAGAGCCUGAAUUGCACAAUUUCUCUGGGAAUGGGGAAAUGGUAAGGGUGAGGGGCAGUGGGGUUGGCAACAGGGCCACCUCUCCAGCUCUGGAGCUGCACUGAGGAAGAGGAGGGUGAUGGCAAGCAGAGGGGAACAGGACCAAGCACCUCUGCCUUGCCACCCCGCCAUGCCAGCUGGGACGGGGCAAGGACAAAAUCCCUGUGGUGCCAGCAAGCGCCCAGAGACCUUCAUGGUUUAGUGCCUUCAUACACCAGCAGAGACUGGAAACUGCCCACAGAGCCCUGGGUGGCACUUGGGCUACAACCAAAUGAGGUGACUAUGGUUUGGUGCUCUUCAAACUUGGUUUUGGAGGUUUGGGUUUACUUCCUUCUUACCCUGUGUAUUUGCAUACCAGGUGGAUUUAUUUAUUUAUUAUGUGAAAAGGAGGGGGAGGCUGGUCAAGGAGCUAAGCCCAAAAAUCAGAGCAGCACAACAUACCACAAAGGGAGACACCCAGGACGGAGGUCACAUUUUAGCUGGAGACCACCACGUUUUAGGUGGAGAGCACCUUCUGUAUGAUCCUGGGUCAGCCCCCAGGGUCUGACAGGCUGUAACCCCCCCAGCCCCUGUGCAGCAGUGACUUUGAACUUCAGCAGUGCGGAAAGAUGGUCAGACUUAUCUGAUUAAAAACAAAACCACCAGCACAGAGUCCAAAGCAUCUCCUGUCUCCUUAGUAUUAGUGGGUGUCCCCUGCCCAGGGGUAGCCCCAGAAAUGCAAGCUAACAGCACUGAUGGGUGGCCAAACCUGGUAGAAGCCCAGGAAAGGAGUUUCAGGGUGUUUGCCAUUUGCAGAUGUUGACUCAGUGCCGAGCUGCACCCUCCAAUUCACAUUUCAUUAAUUAAAAUGCCUAUUUUUGGC